UUCAAUUUAACUAGAGUAUUUAGAAGGUAUAUCAGCCAGGUAUCCUCGCAUGCGCGAUUUGACUAGCUAUCAUAAGUAACUCUUAUGAACUCAAGGGAAAACUCUUUUUAGGCAUGAUCAACGAAAGUUGUUACGCAGGGUAAAAAGAAAACGAACCUGGCAGGCCAGAAAGCUUGAAAAAUAUUGUAACAUAAGUGCCGGCAAACUAGAAUUUAAUACAUUAAACAAUGAAACCAUUUCUCGCGAGGCCAAUGGGACGUGCAAAUAGCAUUUAAAUUCUUUAUGAUGCUAGAAAAUACAUAUGCAAUUCUAUACUUAAUACAACCUUUGGCAAAUAAACGAUUCAGGUGAGAGGUAAUGAUUACAUUUUAAAAUUUUAAUUUUUUAACCAAUGACAGUCUUAAUCUAAAAACAAGCUUUUAAAAUUAACGUUAAAUUAACUACAAAGUGUAGGUUUGCCUAUCACAUUCACCAAACGAAUGUUAUGAGUAGAGCAGCGUAUGGAAAUAGGAGAAAUCUUUGUUUCUUAAACAUUGAUUAUUCUUCGUUGACAAAAAAAUGCAGGAAUAAAAAAAUACUUAUUGAUUUCUAAGACAUUCCAGUGCGAGCAAUAGAUAAAUAACAAUAGUUUGUCUCAGGCAGGUUACUGUUUUUUUUCGAAAAUUUGUUUACUGGAAUAGGAAACUCCCAUAGACCGAUCGAUUAGUGCCAUUCAGUAUAUCCCAGGAAAUGAAAGGAACAACCGGAAUCGACACACACGAUGGCGAACAAGUAUCCCGUGGAAAGAUACGGCAGCAAAUGUCUGGAAUUCUAGAAAGUGGACACAUAGCUACUCCGGAUCGUAGCAGAGGAAGCGGUACGCACCAAGUAAGCGGGCGAAACGCAGCAAGAAACCGGAAGGAUAUUGAUUACCAAAUGCGUCAGUAUUCGGCACAUCAGAGAGGUCAUCAAACAAUGGCUUCACCAAUACCUCAACCAACUAAACCGGUUGAACAUACCACACCGAGGAAAUUCGUCUACGAUUUUUGGAAAAAACGAUUGGACGAUUUUGUCGAUCUUGAUGUCUUUAUGCCGAAUGGUGUGGUAAUAACGAUGAACCAGUCAGUAUACUUAACACUCAGGGAAUUAAAAGGGUAUGUGUGGGAGUUAGCGGAGAGUAAACCUUUGUACAGCCUGCUGGGUGACAAAAACAUGUACUGUUUCAGUACACUGGCUUCCGGGACCACCAACAAUGGCACCUACGAGGUGGAUGAUGAGUCGCGGCGACUGGUGGACGUGCAGCCUGUGUUCGGCUUAUUUCGCUUCGUGGAGAAAAAGAAUAUGUCUGUCAAUAGCACCUUGAUAAACAACAUCAAUGCACUGCUUGGUAGUGGACUAUCGGAGAAAACACUCAAGAAUCCAGAAGUGAACGAUUUCCGCACUAAGAUGAGUCAGCUCGGAGAGGAGAUCGGCAGUGAACGGGCGGCCAUGAGCCGCAUGGAGCGCAUCGCGUACCAAUACCCGGUGAAGUUGGCUAGCAGUACCAAUAUCCCGGAGCAAAUAAAAAAAAGACUGGUCAACGGCGGAAGUGGUGGUGGCAGCAGCAACGACGGAGGUUACUUCUGCGUAGUUGCGAUCAGCACUGACAUGCAGGUAACGGUAAAGGUGCCGUGCCGCGCGACGCCAGAGGAGGUGCUGAAGCGCAUCCUCGAGAAAAAGCAAAUCUCGGCGAAGGCACGCAACGAUAACAGUGCCGACUUCAUCCUGAAGGUGUGUGGUCGCGAGGAGUACAUCUACGGUUCACAUCCGAUCAUCGUCUUUCAAUACGUGCAGGAUUGUCUGUCGCGUGACGAAACUCCCACGUUUGUGCCCCGACUGGUGCGCACGGUUGAGGUUUUCAAGAACGACAUAUACGAUGCACGAGAGGACUUCUCUCAGUGGACGGCGGUCGGCAGCAAUGCCGUCGCGAUCGCCGGUGGUGGCACGAAGACCAAGCUCCAAUCACAACAACAGCAACAAUCGCAGCAGCAACAGCAUCCAUCAACCCUGCGUAAGCCGAAACACCUGACAAGUUGGGAGGUAAAUACUAAACUGUCGUGCACGGUGCACGAAAUUCGCGAACUUAACUGCGACGCAAAUCGAAGCGUCGAGGUUGGCAUACAGCUCGGCUUGUUUCACGGCGGCAAAUCGCUGUGCAAGACCGAGCGCACCAGGAUGGUGUUGAUGAACAAUAGUUCGGCUAGCUGGAACCAGCGUAUCGAGUUUGACAUCAACGUAAGCAACGUGCCUCGCAUGGCACGUCUGUGCUUGGUGGUGUACGAGAACAUUCGAACCGCGAAAGGCAUCGGCAUUCGUGCUCGCCGCACCAAGGACGGUCUGAUCAAUCCAAUCGCCUGGGUCAACACAAUGGUGUUCGAUUAUAAGAGCCAGCUGAAGACUGAUUUGGCCACACUGUACACCUGGACGUACGCAGAAGACGCACAGUCGGAUGACAUUUUGCACCCGCUCGGCACCGUCGAGCCGAAUCCUAAGCGGGAUGAGGCGGCAUCGGUAUUACUAAGCUUCGGCAGUUACGACUCCGAUGGCCAGAUCAUUGUGUACCCGAGCGAAGAGGACCUGUUAGCUCACGCGGCACGGAUGAGCCACCGGAACGAGCACCUCAACCGCGAGAGUGCCGAAGAUACGCGCUCAAUCAAGGAAAUCCUCUCCGUGUACAUGUACAACGAUCGACUGAACGACAUCCACGAGCAAGACCGUAACGCGAUAUGGGCGAAGCGACGCGACUGCCUUCAGCAGAUGCCGCAGGGUCUGCCGUGUCUCCUCUUCUGUGUCGAAUGGAACAACCGGGACGAGGUGGCCGAGAUUGUAUCGUUGCUGCAGGAAUGGCCAAAACUUCUCGUCGAACGUGCACUUGAGCUUCUGGACUACGCUUAUGCGGAUAAGUACGUGCGUCGCUAUGCAGUCGCCUGUCUGAGUACGAUUGAAGAUGAUGAACUGCUGCUCUAUUUGCUGCAGCUCGUGCAGGCACUCAAGCACGAAUCGUACCUGAACUGCGAUCUCGUGGGCUUUCUACUCAAGCGGGCCUUGCAUAACCAGCACAUCGGUCAUUUCAUUUUCUGGCACCUGCGCUCGGAGCUCGGUGUGCCGUCGGUGCAGGUGCGUUUCGGGCUGAUCCUCGAAGCAUACCUCAAAGGCAGUCCCGAGCACGUCAUUGUACUGCUUCGACAGACGCUGUGCCUGAACCAGCUUAAGAUUUGCUCCGAUACGGUGAAGAAGGGCAGCAAGGAAAAGGGUAGGGCGUUGCUGAUGGAAAAGUUGGCCGAGCGUACCACCACGGAAGCGAUGAACGACGUGAUCAGUCCACUCAAUCCAAGUUUCCGGUGCCGCACGGUCAAGGUUGAACGGUGCAAGGUGAUGGAUUCGAAAAUGCGCCCACUCUGGAUCGUGUACGAAAACAGUGACACGCGUGGCGAUGACAUCAAUAUGAUCUUUAAGAACGGCGACGAUCUGCGGCAGGACAUGCUGACGCUGCAAAUGCUGCGCAUUAUGGACCGGAUAUGGAAGGGCCACGGGUACGAUUUCCGCAUGAACCCGUACAGCUGUAUCAGCACCGACCGCAAGCUUGGCCUGAUCGAAGUGGUGCUGAAUGCGGAAACGAUAGCCAACAUCCAGAAGGAGCGCGGUAUGUUUUCUGCCACUUCGCCGUUCAAGAAAGGUUCGCUAUUGGCCUGGCUCAAGGAUCACAAUGGCACGGACGAGCUGCUAGCCAAAGCCAUUCAAGAGUUUACACUCAGCUGUGCCGGCUACUGUGUCGCGACGUACGUGCUAGGAGUUGCCGAUCGCCACUCGGACAACAUUAUGGUGAAAAAGACGGGUCAACUGUUCCACAUUGACUUCGGCCACAUCCUGGGUCACUUCAAGGAGAAGUUCGGCUUCCGCCGUGAGCGCGUCCCGUUUGUGUUAACGCACGAUUUCGUAUAUGUGAUAAACAAUGGACGAACGGAUCGAGAGGCCCAGGAAUUUUGCCACUUCCAAACGCUUUGCGAGGAGGCAUUUCUUAUCCUUCGUCAACAUGGAUGUCUCAUAUUAUCACUAUUUUCGAUGAUGAUCUCCACCGGGCUCCCCGAGUUAUCAUCAGAGAAGGAUCUCAACUAUCUCCGAGAAACACUGGUGUUGGACAAAACGGAAGAAGAGGCACGCAGUCACUUUAAAGCGAAAUUCAGCGAAGCUCUUGCCAACUCGUGGAAAACCUCGCUCAACUGGGCAUCGCACAAUUUCUCCAAAAACAACCGCCAGUGACACCAGCCUCCUACCGGACGCAAUCACCAAACAAUGUAGAUUUGCAAUUGGUUGCAGCGAGUUGACAUGCUCAUGUUUGCGUGAAGAUCUACGGCUGAGGGUUGGAAGGAGCAAACAUCGAUUGACAUGGAUGGAUCGAUAUUUCCCGUGCGAUUGUGUGCACGUAUGUACUGGAGAUGUGUUAUUGUAAAUGCUUGUAGCAUAUAGAAUAGUUUAGGCUUGAUAAUCUACGAUGCACAUCGUAGCACGUAUUUUUGUCAUUUAAGGAAGAGAUUAUUUUAAAAUUAACCUUUAAAAUGAGAUUGUACAUGUUUUACGCCACGAUAUUGUAAAAGAACGAGCUUGACUGGAUGAGAAACCAAUCGUUUAAUAGGGCAGGUGCAAAUAAGAUUAAGUAAUCUGCAGAAGGAUCAGGACGAUGGAAAUUGUACAAUAACUUAUUUAUUCAUUUUAAAUUCUCAGUUUUAAACUAGGUUAUAAGUUGUCUUACUCUAUUCCGUCUGACUUAGUUUGUUUAGUUUAAUGGUUUAAGAUCUUUUUCAAACAUGGAAGAAUUAAAAACGAUAAAUACGAGCCUAUGCAAAACACCAUUAGCUGAAACAAUCCUCCCUAUGUAACGGAAUGUACUCCAAUGUUUUACUCUAUUUGGCUGUACACUUUUUUUAAUCACCAAGCUCAAAACAACUUUGCCCAUCGUGGUCUUCUUCAUUGUUGGCGUAACGACCAUCUGUGGUCAUGCCUGCUCCAUCAGCGAUUUUCUAGCCUUUCUGUACGUGGGUU